CACGCCCCCGGAAGCUCCAUGGAGGCGCGAGGCUAGAGCGCCUGAGGGGCAGAAUGAAGGAGUGGUGGGUGCAGGUGGGGCUACUGACUGUGCCCAUCCUCGCUGUCUACCUGCAUAUUCCACCCCCCAGCCUCUCCCCAGCUCUCCUCUCCUGGAGGUCCUCUGGAGGCUACUUCACCUAUAAGGACCAGAACAUCUUCUACAGAGACUCAACCGGUGCUGUUGGCAGCUCUGACAUUGUUGUCCUCCUGCAUGGCUUCCCAACUUCCAGCUAUGACUGGUACAAGAUCUGGGAAGGACUGACCCAGAGGUUCCACCGAGUGAUUGCUCUAGAUUUCGUAGGAUUUGGUUUCAGCGACAAACCUAGGCCCCACCACUACUCGAUCUUCGAGCAAGCCAGCAUCGUGGAAGGGCUGGUGCGUCACCUCGGCCUCCAUCACCAGAGGAUUAAUCUCCUGUCCCAUGAUUACGGGGAUACGGUCGCUCAGGAGCUGCUGUACAGGUAUGAGCACAAUAAAACCGGAAGCAUCUCGAUUAACAGCUUAUGUUUAUCCAAUGGAGGGAUCUUCCCUGAAACGCACUACCCGCGGCUGAUCCAGAAGAUCCUCAAGGAUGGAGGUUUGCUGUCCCUCAUCAUCACACGCCUGAUGAACUUCUUUUUCUUCUCUAGAGGGCUUGGGGCUGUCUUUGGGCCCUACACACAGCCUUCAUCAGCAGAGUACUGGGACAUGUGGACAGCAGUGCGCACCAACGAUGGCAAUCUUGUUGUUGACAGUCUUUUGCAGUACAUCAACCAGAGAAAGAAGCACAGAGAGCGUUGGGUUGGGGCCUUGAUGUCUACCUCUGUCCCACUGCACCUAAUCUAUGGGCCCCUGGACCCCGUGAAUCCACACCCAGAGUUUCUUCAGCUUUACAAGAAGGUGCUUCCCACAUCAACAGUGACUGUGCUGGAUGACCACAUCAGCCACUAUCCACAGCUGGAAGACCCAACAGGCUUCCUGAAUGCCUAUCUGAACUUCAUCAACUCCUUCUGAGGGCCUGCAGCUUGGUUCACACUCUUGGUUUAUGAAUUAGGCUUUGAGGGCAGGAUGAAACCUUAAUUUUAUCUCCAGAUCCAACACUGUGCACUAACACCUUCAUCUUUGGCUGUCAAAACUGGUGCAUUUAUGCAGUUAGAUCCUUUGAGCACUGGGGG